GUGCGUAGGCGGUUGUCGUAGACGUAGCCACCACGUGCUACGCUGUUUGCACUCCAUACAACAGAGUCAGAACAUAAAGUUAGUACCUACUGCCUUCUUCCGUUGCUGUGUUGUGUGUAUGCUCAGCCUGCGUGUUGUGUAUUCUCAGAUCAAUCCUGGACCAGUGACCAGUAGAUUGCCUGGAAAAAAAUAUUUGUGAUUUUGUUUAAACUGCGAAAAAGAUUCUCUGUCAAGUGUUAGAAUUCGUAAUUGCCCGGUGCAACUGCAGAGCAAAAAAAAAAAGUUUCACUGUUUAGCUACCAUCGUUGCCCAGGACAUACCUGGGCCUUACAUAGCUCACAGCAUACCUUUACCAGCAGACUAUUCCAGUUUUUAUCUUCCCGUCGCAAAUCUAAUGUGUUGUGUGCUUUGAACUGGUAGAGAUCCACCGAACGAUUUUUCUCAUCACCGUUCUCCGCCUUAACAUCAUCAACAUCAUUAUUGUCAUCCCAUCAUCAUACAGCAUGUAUUAUAUGUCGGCCUAAACCCUCAGGGGUCUCAAUGUGUAGUGAUGUGGAAGGCUGAACAAGAAGGAAGUGUAACGAUAGCAAAAUUAGAUGUCCAGCAAUGUUCCUUUUUUAUCGACUAGUGUUCAAUGCUCUAUCCUUUUACCGCUUCAGUGGAUAUAAUCGAUAGCAUGUACAACACACACAAAAAAUGAAGUUGAUGAAAAUUCUGGUCUGGGUGAAUAUGAAAACACUGCUUUGAAUUUCACUAUUUGGGGAGUGUAGAAAUUUAAUUACAUGCCAGUGUUUUGGAAUAUUUCGUUACGUUUCCAGAAUAAAAGAGAAUUAUCUAAUGAAACGGAGCAUAUCAUCAAGUUCUCAAAAUAUCAUCCACCACACCGCAGAAUCCAAUCAUACAGAACUGAUUUCUCGGCUCCACAUCUUGAUGGAGCACCGUAAUCAACGAAGUGGACGCUGAAAAUUGAGCAAAAAGAGAACGUGUACCACAAACCAACCAUUAAUAAAAAAAAGGGUAGAAGACACACUGUGAUUCUCAUUUCCAUAAUCGGCAUGGCGUCGUCAUUUGUGAACUGUUCCUAUGCGCCCGAGACGGGUGUUGGUGAUUCGACAGUCUUUAAUUAUUCGGACCGAACUGGUGGUAGCACCCUGGACGAGCGUGACAAGAGAACGACACGUGCUGGCAGUCUGACAAAUCACUCACUCCUGAAUUUACUGGAGCAGAAGCACAAACUGUUGGAGGCGAUCAAUUUGGCGCCUCCACCGAAAGGCACCGGCGGUAGACGCCACUCGUCUGACUCGUUCCCAAUGAUUGAGAAUGAAAACUUCCAGAUACCCCAACGACAAAUCAAGAAACCUCCCGGGUUGCAACUAAUUCCUCCGCCUGUGCCGAAACGAACCUUUCAAGGCAAGUUCACUCACCGACAGGCGGAAUCAUUCGACGGUCAAAAUCGAUCAUCGAACGUUACGUUCGAGGAUUACCACCAGCAACCGAAGAGUUACUCACAGUAUCGUCCCGAUAGGAUCUGCCAGUCUGCGUUCGAUGAGCAAACAUUUGGAUUUUUUGCAACAAAUAAAACCAAAACCAUCGGUUCCUGCCAUACUAGUGUAAGUACGACUAGUUUCGAUGACAUUGGGGACACGGAUGAUUUCGUGAUUUUCAACAAAAAGAUGUCCUCGAUAGAGUCCAAUCGUUCGUCCAGUGAUUCGAAUAAAUCGCAAACAACUAUCGAUACAGGUUAUGUGUCAGCGAAUGAAAACGAUCGGUCUAUUUUCACCACGGCUGGAUCAACUAAAGGCACCUUCCGAAGUAGAUUUUCCUCAGAAGACACUCAAUCAUCACUGGACAGUUUCCUGUCAUCCGAACUACAUCGAACGGAUACCAUUGAUUCGCUGCAAAUGAACGAUUCUCCCUUCAGCUUGAAAAAGAACGUGUUCAACUUCGAAGGCAAAAGUAGCCAUAUUCGGACUUCCUCCUCCAUAUCCCCAAACUCUAACGACGAGAAGCUUGACAACAGUUCACUUCGUAGCAUCGAAAGUAAAAGUUCGCGUCGACUGCCAAUGGUUCCAACUCGAAAGCAAAAUAACAUGCCUCCUAAAAUCCCACCACCAACUCGAAUUACAACACCUCCUACGUUGCCAUCGCGCUCCCAACAGGCAUUCGAGUCACGUAAGUUACAGAAAAUCCAACAACAGCAGCAACAACAACAACAGCAACUCAACAAUACACUAAGCCAUAAAUCAAGCCUAGAGAAUGUCCAGGAGCUUUACAGCCGCCCGACAGGAUUCCGGCGGUCGAUUCAGAAUACAUCCUCGCUCAAUCAGCCACACCACUCAAAACUCAACCAACGACAGGAUUCCAACAUAUCAAGUGACAGUUUUUCGGCUACCUCAAGCCCCGGAUACAACAGUAAGAACAUGGAAGCGCCUCUGCUUCAGCACACCUGUAAAAUGAACCGCUCAACGAUGCGAAACCAUCAGCUACAACAGCAGCAGCCACAGCACUGUCCGAAACCUCUUAACAACCAGCAUGAUGCCAACAGUAGCUCCCCGGACAACCUGAAUCCAACCACGGGACGACCCGUACCAUCACGUGUCAGUAUGCGACAGGACUCCAGUAUUUCGAGCGACAGCUUCAGCCAAACCUCCAGUCCGAGCUACAACACCAAAAUCAUGGAAGCACCACUGCUAUCGCAUGCCGCCAAAAUGCCUAAAGUUUCAAAACCGAUCGCACGGAACAUCGACGAAAUUACGAAGGAUAUCAACGCUGAGUCGAACGGUUCGUCCGUCAUCAUCAAGAGUGCAUCGACACCGGCCAGUUUGCAGACGAUCGUCCGGUUAUCCAAUGGAUCCAAUGUGUCGCUACAGGGAAAGAAACUGCAGAUCUUGAAGUCACGAAAAAGCUCCGGACGGUGUCCGUAUAGCAGCCGGACCAAGUUCCGACUGUGCCAGAUUGCAGUCAAUGCCAUCCUUUUGAUAGCACUUGCCGCCGGAUUGGCCUCCUACCUGAGUAAAAACCCGGUCGUCACAUACGUGAACCAGACCACCGUUGUGCGGACAAUAAACAACCGACCGCCAAUAGCUGAAUCGACUGUGGCACCACCCUUCAAGGUCGAUCGAAAUCCGGCACCGGGCGUGUGUCUCCCGGUGAUCGUCAAGUUCUGCCAGCAGCACAAAGUUCCCUACAACUACACCGUUUUUCCUAACUAUAUCGGACAUUUCGGACAGCCGGAAGCACAAAUGGAAAUUGAUCUUUUUGAGGCGCUGGUUGAUGUCCAAUGCUACGAGCUUGUUCCACUGUUCUUAUGCUCUCUAUUCGUGCCUAAAUGUGGUAAUACCGGGACGACGGUACCGCCUUGUAAGAGUUUAUGUACUGAAACAAUGCGUCGGUGUAGUUUCUUUUUCGACGUCUUUGGACUGGAAUUACCGGAAUAUCUUAGGUGUCCGAUUUUUAGUGACGCCAUAUCCGAUCAAGAAGAGUGCGUCGGGAUGGCGGAGUACAAGGAAUCCUUGCUGCGAGCUAGAAGACCUGUGAGCUGUUCGGGAUUUCUGUGUGACAAACGACGUUGCAUUCCGAGUGACUGGCGAUGUGAUGGACACGUGGACUGCCAGGAUCAGACUGACGAGUCUCACUGUGAGUUCUGUGGGGAAAAUGCCAUUCACUGUGGCGACGGAAGGUGUAUGAGUCAGAAACACGUGUGCGAUGGUGUUCAGGACUGCCCGUAUGGUCAGGAUGAGAGAAACUGCAUUCGUUUAAGUGAAAGAAAUGGAGACUUGGGUCGAGGCACUUUGGAAGUGUAUAAAGCGGACUUGAAACAGUGGGCUCCAGCGUGUGUGAAAAAUUGGGAUCCGGCCACUUCACCUACGUUGAUUUGUUCAAUGCUAGGCUACAGUUCCGUCAACUCCAGUCGCACCACAAUGCGGGGCUCCAAUCGAACGCUUGUCAGCAGCAAAGAUGCUUCCUCGAUGUGGCGGAUGUAUCAGAAAAAGCACACCAACAUGAUAAAAGAGUUCAAUAGUUGCGAGAUUAAUUCGCGAUAUCCAGUAGCAGAGCUGACGUGUUCCAAUUUUGAAUGUGGUAAAGUUCCGAACAAAAAGUAUCACAAACCGCAAACACGAAUUGUCGGUGGAGUUUCUUCCAAGCCCGGUGACUGGCCUUUUAUUGCGGCUAUUCUUGGUGGGCCGGAGGAAAUAUUCUACUGCGCUGGAGUGCUGAUUGCGGAUCAAUGGGUUCUGACUGCUUCUCACUGCAUUGGAAACCACACAAUGCGUAAUGUCAACGAUUGGACGAUUCAGCUUGGAAUUACCAGACGCCACUCGCACACUUAUUACGGUCAGAGAGUGAAGGUCAAGGCGGUUAUACCGCAUCCCUUGUACAACUUAUACAUCCCGCACGACAACGAUAUUGCCCUCUUCCAGCUCGCAACCCGGGUCGCUUUCCACGAGCAUUUGCUACCGGUUUGUCUCCCACCACACCACAUGCGCGAGCUGAUGCCCGGGACCAACUGCACUGUUGUGGGUUGGGGCAAACGUGAGGACAGCUCGCUACCGAACGGAGUAACGUACGAGCCCGCACUGAAUGAAGUGAAUGUUCCCAUUUUGAAUCGUGACCUAUGUAUUGAAUGGUUGGAGAAUCUCAACGUGACUGAGGGCAUGAUUUGCGCCGGCUACCAGGAGGGCGGACGCGAUGCAUGUCAGGGCGAUUCUGGUGGACCCCUACUGUGUCCAUAUCCGAACGAAAAGGACCGCUGGUUUGUCGGUGGCAUUGUGUCAUGGGGCGUACGCUGUGCGCAUCCCAAAUUGCCGGGAGUGUACGCAAACGUGCCCAAAUUUAUACCGUGGAUUUUGUCUCAAAUAAACAACCACUCCGUGCUACAGACGGAAACGAUUGGCCGAUAAGGGGAGCCAUUUGGUGGCAUGGAUACAGAACAGCAAAAGCAGGCAUAAAAAAACUUUAACAUAAACAGCAUCAUCCAAAGUUUGUCUAUCAACAUCAACAUCAACAUCUACAUUCGCAGGUGGUAUACUAUUAUACUGAAGACGAGUACAUAAUACACAUCGAGGUAAUCAAAUUCACGAUUCAUAGCGAAAUAGUUAGCUAUGAACUAAGACAAUAAUUCAAUGCCGUGGCAUAUACACAUAUCGCUGAAAAAAAGGCAUGAAGAUAGGAAAAAGACAAUAAAACUUGGCUCAAACUUUUCAAAGUUUUUUUGAUACGACAAUAAUAUAAUAAGAGAAGUAUUCUAGAAGACGAAAAAACAGCCCACAACGGCAUUGGAAUGAAUUUAUAAUCUUUCGCAAAAGUACUAUAUAGAAUUUGUUCAUUAAUUUCGCAAUUAAUUCGUAAAGUGUCUAUCACAAAGAGAAAACUUUUAAAAACUAUACACUUGGACGAGUUAUCAGAAGGCGCGAUGAAAAUUGAGACGUGUACUUAAGUUAUACCAGAUUUAAAAAGAACACCACUGGGGAAAAUUCAUCAAAAAUAGAAAUUUGUCUACUCUUAAAACAAUUUACUUAAAAAUAUUUCGAAGCUUUCAUAUUUAUUGACCUAUCAACAAAAUCAAGCUCUCCAGCAAAUCAACCAAAAAUCGAAUUUUUUGCGAAUAGCAAAUUUUUUAAAAUUUUAAGUUUACAAUCGAAUAGAAACUCAAAGGACAAAUCUAGUGCAAUAACCGACGGUUUUAAUAAUGUUACUGGAACUUUUGAUUGAUCCCGUAGUGGACUGUACCCUCGCAAUCAGAACAUCUUCUUCUGUACUUCACAAUCCUUUGCUAAACUUCACCAGCCACUGGAACGAGGAACGAGGUUGAUAUAUACGGUUAUAAGUCAUGAUUUGAUGCGGCACGUGUACACUCAUCUCCCAUUUCCGCUCGCUAGAUUUUGCGUGUGGGUAAUAACUCGUUUCUUGAUUUCCCUUUUCCUGCGUUGAUACCUUCUUCGGUUGAACUCAGUUUGCAAUAAUCAGCACAUGAUUUUCACUGGUUUUGUGACAAAACAUACCAUAGCCAAAGCUACUAUCAGUCUGUACGGCAGUCGGAACUAACUUCGCCAAUCGCGUGAAGUCUGCGUCACGCUAGAUAUAAAUUUUGUAUCGUUUAACCAUGAAGGAAUCAGCAUGUUUGUCAUUCUUGAACCUCACCACAACCAACACCGUAUUUGUGGUUUUAUGGAAGCAUUAUGGAAGAAAGACAUCUGGUCGAAGGGUUUGAUUGAGAAGAACCUGAAAUUCAGAAUAUUAGUUUGAUGUUAAUCCCAGCAGUUGUUGCGGAUAGUUUUUCGGAAUUUUAAAACUUUUUGAUAAAGUAUGAAAAUCGAAAAAAGAACUGGCAAUAUGAGUUUAUGGCGGGAGUAGGUUAGUGGUUGAAUGGUUUGAAUUUUUUAUUUUUACUGGCGGACUCUCCUUUUACUUGUUAUACUAACGUGACACAUCGUGGGAUUUUUCUCAUUUUUGAGCAAAAUACACGGAAAAUGUUUUUCAAAUCAGUUUCAAAAAAACAAACGUUUUCACGAUUUAAAUCAAGAAGAAUAAAUCUAGACUCUAUAUAUCUAAAUUGUUUCGUUCUAAAAACAGUACUAAUUUUAUUUCAUUUGAAAAGCGAAUGAAAAACCUCACAAUGUCCUCGCUUUGGCCCCCGUAUCCAUCUGGUCAAUUCCAAAAAAUCUCAAAAUAUUUAGUAAUCCAAAUCCCUUUUUCCCAAUAUUCAAAAUAAUAUUCUGACAUCUUGGUAAGGAGAAUCUUUUUCCCAAAGUUUGGUAUAAAAAUUUGCUGAACAACAAACAGUGAACAAGCUUUUGCGAAAUACGACGAGACACUUGCUAUCGAUCUGAUUUUUCAUCGCAUAAUAUCGCCAUUUCUCGUGAAACUGAAAUAUUGUCUUUUUAUUAACCUAACAAAAAAAUUCUUGAAGGGUACAUCGAAUGGAUUGAGGUACAGGUGCUAAAGUACUUAAAACAUUAGAACCACUAAAAACUUUUUGUUUACUUAUAGGCAGAAAAUAAAAAAAUCACUUUUCCACUUGCUGCCUACACAAAUUGUUCGAGGGUAAUUUCUGGUGAACUCGACGGAUUGUGCAGUGUUUUGGAAGGCGCUCAUAAUUCCGGUCAGCCGGAAAACAUUUGACCCUUUUUUUCGUGGAAUAGCCACAACAGGUUGGAAUUUUCUUCAUUCGUUUUUGAAAAUUUGUGAUGUUUUUUGAAAUCCGAAAAUCCAGAAUUUUAACCAAAGGAAAACAAACAAACAAAAAAUUACCGAACAAUCAGUUAGAUCCAUUUGAUUUACAGUUUACGGUAGUUGUUUGACAGUAAUCAAUUUAAUUACCGAACUGAUUACCGAACGUUCAGCUGUUGAAAAUUCAGUAAAAAAUUACCGAAUUCUGCAAAAUUUUCUUAGUGUGUACGUAAUCAAAUUGGAAAACCAGAACCGUGUAACAAACUUCUGAUAGCUGCUAAACGAUGUCCAUCCUCCCCUUCCCGGGCCCAGACUUAAAUAUUUUACAAGAUUCGAAGAUUUCAAAUUGUUCUUUAAUCUUCAUAAUAAAAAAAGACGAGUGGGUAAUGUCAGAUACAUAACUUGAUGACGUGUAUACAAAUAAAACUGACAUGCUCUACACACUUCGGAACUUUGUCUUCAGUUGGAGCGAAUUCUAUAACUAUUUAUUAAAAAAGAGGUGAACAAACCUAAUAGAAAUACAUUUAUGUCGAAUUUUACCAAAAUUUUCGAAUAAUUUACUUUUUACAUGAUACUGUACGUAGAAUGAUGACCGACGUAUAACAUUUGAAAAAAUCGAAUGAAACCAAAUAUUUUCAAUUUUUAACGCAAAAUAUUUCAGUAGGUACUUCUUGGGAAGUGUCAAAACAUAUUUGGUAAAAUGUUGUAUCUGAAACAUAUGUUUAUGUUUAAAAUUGAAAAUAAGAGGAUAAAACAAAAAAGAGUAUUAUUAAAUUGAAUGACUUAUUAAAUUAAAUUGAAUGACUAAAUGGACCGUCUUUAACAACAUGCACAAAUAUGUCUCCCUCAAUCAAAAAUACCCAUGGUUUAUAAACAUCCAGAGUUAGUAUAUGUUUUACUAGCGAACAAAACGUGUCGUAAGUCGACAGCACUCAAUCACUGAAUCCGUAUUUAUAUGUGUCGGUUUUGCACGAUACGCCCUGUACGAUGAUUCGUACAAUUCAUGAGUUUGGAGUUUUGCGCGCCUUAUUUUGGCACUGAAUUUCACCAAUACUCCUUUGUGUCAAACAUUUUAGAAAACUUCAACUUUGAAUUAUUUUUUUAAAUUCCAUACUACUAAAAAAUUUUAUCAUAAACUACUGAACAUAUUUCCGAUCGUAUGGAGAAGAAAUUAUGUUUCUCUCGUAAAUACAACAAGAGAUAUUCACGAUUAAGUUCUGUUAUGAUUGUUUCGUGAAUCUGUUGAUAUUCCCAUGCCAAUAAGUUUUGAUUGAAAUUUAUAAGAAUAAUCUAAAUAUGUGUCUGUCGCGCUUUUUUAGCAGGUGUGUAAACGUACAUAUUCCAGACAGGGUUGCCACAUAUACAGAUUAAUCUGUAUUUGACAGAUUUUUCAGAUAAAUUCGUGUCCAAGAUUUUGUACAUGCAGAUUACAGAUUUUCGGCCAGAAAUACAGAUUUCUGAUAGCGUGAAAUAAAAAUUGAUAUUUGCACUGAUUAUUUUUCUCGAAGUAAAACCAUUAUCCUGGUUUUGUGUUGAUUCCAAAAAGAGAGUGAAACUUGCAUAAAAGAGAUUAUCAAGGACGGUAAACACUACAAAUAGUCCCAUCUGCUAAUGAAGAUUAGUCGAUGUUCACUUUUUCUUGCAAUUAGUGUAGCUUAAUUUCCUAUACUUUCAAAAAUUUCUUGUGAUAUGAUGUAAAGUUGAUGGCCUCGGUCAUAAUGUAAGGUGGUAAAAUAUAAUGAUUUCCAUUUACGUUAUAUCCCAAUAAAUGAAAGUGAAAAUAAACAAUAUAAGUUUUCAUUUUCAGAUGGGAUAUUAAAUGUUUUUCAUCAAACCAUUAUUUCGGGACGCUUAAACGCAAAAAUCACUUCCAAAGUUUUUUCAUUUACAACAUCAUGAAAAUUUAGACGAAGAAAAAUUCUGGUGUCUUUCAUUUGGGCUUUAAAGACUGUUUAGUUUCGGUGUGCAACGAUUUUUUAUCAUUUUCAUAUACAAAUUUUCACUGCACAUUUCCGAUACAGAUUUUUCUGCAGAAAAAUUCAGAUUUAAAUGUGGCAACCUUGGUUCUAGAGCUUUAAAAAAUAUGAAAAAUAUGUGUUAGAUCAACUUUAAAAUUGGGUCACUAUUGAUGCUUGAAUAUAUGUCGGUCUCAGAAGACGUAAAUUCACAGGAUUUUUUUUCUUGGUAUGUAGUUUUUAAUUUCACUUAUUGGAUAGGUAGUUGAAUUUAUCUUCGCCUAUUUUUACGCGAAAUAUCGAUAUCUGUUACCUUCACAGUUUAACGACUAUCAGUUUUCAAAGAAGUUCGGUUAUUGGAAGAUAAUUUUACCAUACGGACAGUAUGGUUUUUACCGUACUCGACGGUUAUUCAGAUUUACCGUAUCAAUUGUAUAUCUAUUUACAAAAUUCUGUAACGAAAAUUUACGUCAAACUGAUCGUUCGGUAAAAAAUUGCAUAAUUAUUGUAAAAUAUAACACAUUUACCGAAAUUUCUCGUCAAAAAUAUUACCGAACAAAGGAAUUAAUUCUUAGUGUGUAUAAUAGUUAUAGCUUAGUAAGGACACUAAUGAGAUUUUCGAAAAACUAUGCCCAAAAAAUUUAUUGGAGACAUUUCAAUCGCCUAACAUUUUCAUUUUUACUAAUUUUUAAAAUGAAAAGCAUCGAUGAUUGCAAAUUUGUGUUUGUUCUAAUUCCGUGCAAAGCGUUACCAUUAUACCGACAGCAAAACAUUUGAAGAAAGUUUAUGCCUGACGUAUCUGUUAGUUUUAUCAAUGUUUGCUACAAAACGUCAAUUAUUUUAACUUUUUUUUUUACCAGUAGAAAAUGUGCUGUGGGGAAGGAUAGGAAUGGUAGUGUGAAUUUGACACUAUUAAAAUAUGCCUUUAAAACAAUAAAAAUUUUUUGUUUAUUUUUUAUGUUCCAUUAGAUCGGAAAUUGUUUGCACUAACUAUGCACUAUCUAAAAGAAAAGUGUUCGAUCGUAAAUUCAUUCCAUUGGCUAUAGUUCCGUUAACCAAAAGGAACAUAUCAUCAUGACAUUAUUACUAGCAUCAUGCCAGAUAGCACCAAAGGGAUAAUCAAAUUAUUCAACAAAAUGAGACAAUAAAGAAAACUUUAUCAAAUGAAUUUACAUAUAGUAGAAAGACAUCUUAUUAAGUUUAAUGAAUUAUUUAAAAUAGUGAAGUACCCAAAUGAGUCAAUUUUAAAAACACUUUCCAGCAAACAUAUGUUAUACAUUUGACUUAGAGUAGUGAACGAGAAUACAAGUUUACAUGUGUCAAACCAAAAGGAAAUUAAAGACAAUAAUGAAACCAGGCACAAAUUCAAUCAAAGCGUAUUGUACCACACUAUUCAAAAAGUAUUUUGCCGAAAGAAUACAAAUAAAAAUUCGUAGGGGACGGCCGGUCCUUGAAUAGAUCGAUAUUACAUCUAGGAAUAGAAUGUUUAGAACAGAAUGUUGUUGCAUGGCAGUGAAUCUGUAGCUGCUUAAUCGUUACACUAGCAUUGGCGUUGCAAAUGUUUGCCCACAAAAUGUGUCAGCGUUGCCUAUAUAGAUUGAUUUGGAAAAGUGCUGUUAGAUUGUGUUUUGGUCAUGAAUUUGAUUUUGAUGUACGUCAUAUAGUUGAUGAGAAUUUGAAUUGAAGACAGAAGAAAUAAUUAUAACCCCUGGUGUUGUGAAUUAAGAGGAACUACAGAUAAAAUUAUAUUAGAGGUAAAUCAAAACUAUGGUACAGUACAGAUGACCUAGCCGAAGUUAGCGAUUUCGCGUGAUGAUUUUGCGAAGUCGCACAAAUGAAUGAUAUCAGCUGUGUACUAGAUGAAAUGUGUGAUUCAAUAUAAAAGUUUUUACAAACUGAAUGAUAGAAAUCACUAUCUUUUGUAUUAGCAAUCCUUUGUAGAUUACUUCUAUAGGAAUCAAAGUAGAUAUGUACAUUCAGCUAGUGACAAGUCAACUUUUUUUACGAAAAAAAAAACAUAUGGAAGCGAUAUUCUUCCACUAAUAAAGACUAUUGAUAAAAAUAUCUUAUGGGGAAAUACAUUUAAAGGACAAUGAAGAAAAGGUUACUAGAAAACUGCUAAUUUAUGAGCCUAAAACAUAUAUCAAAAGUACGAAUUAAUUACAAUUAAGAUAUAAGAUAAACUAAACAAAAGAGAAGCAUAUGUUCAAGUAAACUUAUCAGCAUAACAGCAGAGUAAGAAUUCGUUUAGAAUGAGGCUCCCUAUUAUAUAAUCUAUCGCUUGCUAAUUGUGGUAGCGAAUUGUUUAUGAACACCGGAGUAACUUUCCUUCAGGGGAAAAUACCCUGCACAUACUCGAAGUUACUGACAAAUAAAACAGCUUCAUGUGUUUCAUCAAACAACCAAUUAGAUGCAAAGCUUUUCAUUUGUGAAGUCAAUUAACGAUGGUAUAUAACAUUAACUAAAAAUUUACAGUUGUGUAUGAAAUUAACAUCACAAGCGUUAAGACGAUAGAGAUUGUGAUUCACCAUUACCGACAGUCGGUACAAGAAACUUUAAAGCUUAGUUUUAAUUUUCUACGCAACCACCGAACAAAUAAAAACCAGAUUCAUGACAAUAAUUUUUGAAUAUAAUAUGCGUGGGUUUCAGCUUUAACUACUCCUUAGGAAAAUGAAAAGUCAUUCGAGACUAUUGAAGAACUUGCUAUCUGAAAUGUCGUAAUUGGUGUUGAUUUCUAAUGAUACGAAAAUUUUCCCUACAAACAAGAUAAAAUAAAUUCAACGUUGUGAAGAUUGUUUGUGAAGAGCCUGGUUGAGAUAAAUCUGGUUCAAGGUUUACACCGUAAUUGUUAAAAAAUGGCGGUUUUGUUAAUUUCAUCAUUAUCGUAUAUGAUUGUUUUUCAAGCAUUUUGAUCCGCUAAUGUUGUUACAGCACUAAACAAACCGAUUAAGCGGCAGUACUCUUGCUCUCAACCUUUUUCUGUUAGCUUAACAAGUAAAACCAUAACUUUAUGUCAUCAAUUGAAAUAAACUGAAUCAAUCAUUCAACCGAAUUUAUAUUCGUUCAAUAAUCAAUUUUCAAUUGGACUUGACAAACCAACUGGCUUUUAUGAUUACUGGACCUUUUGGGUGAAUAAAUUAAUAAUUAGUUCUUCUACUCGAACUUAUAGUUGAAAUUAUGCGAAAGGCUACUGUUUGUAUUUAUAAAGCAUGACAAAUAUUACCAACUGCCACGAAGAUUUCCAAUAAUCAAUAACAACACUUUCCACAUAGAAACAUAGAAGGACAAAAAGGACAGAAGAAAACUGACGAAAACGCAUGCUAAAGUUUGAGAGUGUUUCAAAAUGGAAUUCCAAAAUGUAAUUUUUUCGAUAGCUGGCACCAUAAACCAGAAGAGAUAUCAAACUUCCUCUGCUAUAUCCAUUAGCGGCCCUCUGCUAUAUCCAUUAGCCGCCCUUACACGAGUCAUUAAAAAUGUCAUUACUAAAAAAUAAUAUCAUUUUAAUGAACGUGUAAUGGUGCAGUAAUGACGAGAUUUCUAUCAAAUUUGAAAUACAUCAUUACUUAGUCAUCAUUAAAAAUGACAAAAAUAAGGCGAUGGCGUUGCUGAACUGACCCACUUAGAAAAAAACGUUCAACGGUGGUCCUUCAUUGGUCCAAUACGUUGGAUCAUUAGUCCAAUGAAAGUCCAAAUAAUCGUUCAACGGGAGGCCAACACGGGACCUUCGUUUGCCGAUUUUGAAACAGACCGUUAAACCGAAUGAGAAUUUUUUCGUUCAACAAACCCGGCAGACAGAGGUCUAUUGUUGAGCCAUUUUUAACAUGAGGAGUUGGAGCCCCUUGGACUAGUUUUACUGCAGAAUUUCUGAAGUUUUUUCCACUUAUUUGUUUAAACUAACACUACAUACCUGCACAAUACUUCUACUUCACGAAGAAUAACAACAAAUUUUCUGUCUAUGUAAAGGUAACACUAAAUUUUCACACUAUUUUUGCAAGAGAAAAAACAACAACAAACCGUUUCAGUAAAUUGAACGAAUAUUUCGUAUAAUAUGUCGUUCAACAAGCGCUCAAAGACCAACAAAAUUGAACGGUCUGCUGAGAGGGAUUUUUUGUACCCGCUUGCAAGGAAUUCUGGCAACCUUCAGUAGCCUGACUGCAUUCCGACUGAUGUCAAACAGGGAUGCCAGGUUCACAGAUUAAUCUCUGUUUCACAGAUUUUCAAUUUUCUGCACAGAUUUCUGAAAAUGGUCAAAGAUUUUCACAGAUUCUGGAAUAAAUCACAGAUUUUCACAGAUUCUUGAAAUCGAGCACAGUUUAGCACCAAAAAGUACAGAGCGUUUGAGGUGUUGCGUGUUGGUUGUGAGACCUUUUUUUUUGCUCGCCAAAUUGAUUUCGAUCUGCUAUAAUGGUACGGGAAACGGGCACAGAUUUUCACAGACAGGUUUUUGGCUUGAUCACAGAUUAUUGAAAAAAAAAUGACCUGGCAUCCCUCCCCAUGACCAGGCGAAAUUGUGUCAUUCUCUCGCCGUACGCGCUUGCUUAUUUCGCUCAUCCUUCUUUUUUGUUAGAUUUCAUUAGGUAUUCAUCAAUCCUGCAUAUACAUACAAAAAACAAAUCUUCAGAAGAUGUAAAUGAGAUUGAAAUAUAGGUAUAUUUGGUAUUGAGAAAGCAAUGUUAUUGGCAAUAACAUUAUCCAUAAUAAUUAUGUAAGAAGGGUAAUAACUUAUUGCCGUUUAUAUAUACUUCCUAUGGAAAAAAAUAAACCAAAGGCUCUUAAAAUGUAGGACCGAUCCAAAACGGUUUUGUCAGUCUUGUAUGGCGAGAAUCCGGCAGAAACAAAACCGUUAAUAGCCGCUAACCGAAAUUCUCUGCCGGAAACGGUUGCUGCAUUGUUUCUUGCCGGAAUUCUGCCGUCUGGGGGAAAUCUAAUUGCCGCGUACAAACGAGUAAUGCACUUGAAAGUUCUCAGAGGUACUUUCAAGCUACGAGUAAAUUCACCUGGAACUUGUUCUGUACUAUCAAGUGGCAAAGUGUUCCAGGUAUACUUUUAGCAUAAAAAAAAGUACACACGGAACUUGUUUUGUACCUUCAAAUUGUUGAUUCACACGAAAAUGAACUGAACUACUUGUGAACUUUAAAAUUGUUUUUUUCAGAUACUGCAGAACUUCUGGUUUCAUUCGUUAGUACCUAAGUCAGAUGGUGAACCUAUUUUGUUGCAGAACGUUCGCCGUUUAUAAAAACAUUCAUUUUUGCUGACGUUCAAUGAUAGGAAAACCUUGUAUAUGAAUCUAACCAGGAGAUUUUUUCAUUUCAUUUCAUGAAUCUAACCAGGAUUCAUUUUUUCUUAUUAUAAGAAAGAGUAAAAUUCCCAAUUAUCCAUUAGUUGGUCAACUUCGCAAACUUUCUUUACAACUGGAAGACAAAACGCACACAAUGAGAAACGUAUUGGCAUUUGGAAGAGUAUAGAAUUAGAAAUAAACUUUCCGACGCAAGCACUCACAUAGCAUAGACUUAACUGAAAUAUUUUAAGGAUUACCUGUAGACGCUACCAUCUACCAAUAGAUCACAAACACGCAAAUCUAAUAGCGAAAAUGAUAGAUUUUAUGUAUUUCUUCAUAUACAACCAUCAGAACACAUUCAUGUUUAAGAAAAAAAUGAAGUUUAAUUGUAAGUUGCAAAAAAGAAAAAAAAGUAUGGGUGUGUAAUGUCAGAGACAUAACUGGAUGUCGUGAAUACGAAUAUGACACGCUUCAUUUAUGCUUCCGAAUUCGAAUCGAUAGUUGAUCGAUUGUUUGAAUUGUGCAACUUUCCCCUCUUUCAUUACUAGAAUUUUAAACGAUGCGCCUAGACUAAAUUACAGAUUAGUUACAUUAAACAUUCUGAAACGCACUUAAAUACUAUGAAAUAAGCAGUAUAGUUCUUUAUAAUAAAAAAAAUUGUGACGAUUUUAGUUAGUUCAGCACGCAGACUCUGAAUUCUAAACCCAUAUUCCAGAACUAAGCUCUAAAACAUGAAGACGAUUUUUCGCCAUGACUACCAGAAUGGGUUGUAUAGAGUACAGUAAAGUAAAAUUCCGCAUAAUUCUUUAGGAGUAUUAUUAUGGUUCUAAAAAGAACCGAAUAGAAGAAGUCUGGAAUAAAGAACUGGACCCUGAGUUAAAGAACUAAAUUUAGAACCAAUAACAGACUCUGAAUCCAGUUUCAAUUCUAGAACUGCAAUUUCGAAACUCAAAUCAGUUCCGGAAUACAGUUCCAGAAUUCAGUUUCAGAACGCAGGCUCUGAAUUCUAAACCUAUAUUGCGGAACUAAAAUCUGAAACUUGAACUUCUCGUUACGACUACCGAAAAGCAAAUGAGAGUUGCGACCUGAGCGUUUGAGGUUUUAACCACGCAGAAGGUGCAUUCUCCGUCGCUGCUGGUUGAUGAUUCCACUCCCACGACGUCUGCUUCCAUCCAACGCACGAAAAGAAAUGAUCGACUUUCGACCACGGUUCCCCAUUUAUACGCAUUCAGUUGAAGAUAUGUGCCUGACUACCUCAAAAUCGUCGUCCUUGCGCGAAAAACCCAAGCGAAAGUAAAGAGUUUUCCGCAUUGUUUUCAAAUUUUGAGAAAACUUGAUUUUUGAGUUGUUUGUUGUUAUCUCACACUGUUCAAAAUAUUAUCCAAAAUUCCUGAUCAUAUUUUUGAUGAAAUGGUGAAAGGAUUAUGUUGCUACCAUUAAUACAAGUCGAGAUAUUCACGAUUAAGUUCUGCCCAUUCUUCCAUAUGGCUAAUUUUGAAAAGGCACCCCAUAGUAAAGUAAGUCGUAUUCACGACAAAAAAAUCAAUAAUAUCGCAUCAACUAGAAACCCAUACUACAGUAUUACAAAUAAUGCAGAAACUAUCGUGCUUUUGAUAAUGGAAAUAUAUAGAAACAGCAAAUAGCACAGUAAACAAGUAUUAGCUUAUAUCUGUUAUACAGAAUACUGAAUGUCACCUAUGGAAGUGAACACUAUUACUCAAACAUUUUUAUUAUGGGAAGAAAAUGGGAAAACACGACCGACAUCAACAACAGUUUAGAACGAUACCAAAGUGAGAACGGCCUGAACGUUUCCGAAAAAGUUCGCUCCACUUGUGGGUUGUAUCGAAACCAUUAUGCUUUUUAGCAGCACAAGCGCUACACAUAGAGCCAUGAACGCCAUAGAAUAGAAAACAAUUGAUAGAAUCGAAGUUUUUUGUACAAAAUGUUGACACGUUUGCAAAACAGCAUCUAUAAUAUUAAAUUGAAGGAAGAUUUUAUCGUGAAAACCAUUUAGUUGCAGCCUUUUAAUUGUAUACCAUUCAAUAAUAAUCAAUUUGUACCACUUAGUUGCACACGCUUUUUGUUCGUGUAUAGCAUAUACAAAUAAUGCUAACAAAAUAUUGCAUAUUAAAGUCUAUAGUGUUCAAAAUAUUCAAUAAAGAAUAGAAAACGAAGACAAUAUUAGUAGAAGUUAAACUUCAUGAGCUAGAUCUUUUGAAAAAGAAAUCAUGGACAAUACCCUAAAAAUAAGAAGAAGAAAAACCUCUAGAAGAGACAACAAUGUGCUCUAUUGACAAACAAACAAAUAUUAUAGGUUUACAACAACCUGUCAAAGAUGGUCAAUUUUUGAAAUGCACCCUACAGAUUUGUUCUUUUUGGGGCCGAUGUGUGCAUCCGUAACCGUUAUGUUUUAACUCCCAAACGUUUAUAGGUAUAUUGCUUUGUAUUUGUAAGUGGGAUGUUCUACCAGUAGCUGAAGCUGUACCAGCAGGAUCUUUAUGAAUGAUGGUUUUCAUAUAAUACAAAUACACAAACAAAGAUAAUACAUUAACUGUAAGUUUUAGAAAGCAUAUAAGAUACACACGAAUGAUGAUAGGAAGACAUAUUUUGUAUCAACUUGAGGAUUUAGUGAGUAACGGACCUUCAAAAGGUCGAAGUAACUAUUGCUGACUAGCAGAUCGAUGUAUUUAAUGUUCGAAAUGAAGAAAAUACAAUUGUGCAAAUACAAUAGAGAACAAAUAUAAAAGAAUGAACAGUAGGAAGCUUUUUAUGUAAGAAA